AUGGAAGCUCUUGCGAACUUCAUGUACGAGAUGUUCAAUGACGACAACUUUAUAAAGCAUAUGAGCAACUUUGAUUACACUAAAAUGAAUAAAGCUAUGCAUUCGAUAGAAGCUUUUCGGGAUCAAGCACAGUUUCAUGAUAAGACUAGUAUAUACGCAAAAGCGUUCUUUAUAUGUAAACGCGAUGCUCCUGGUCCAGAUGAAACAGCUCCUGUGAAAUAA